CCUCGCCACCUCCGAGGGGCGGGGCCCAGGGCGGCGGCCGCCGCCGCGCGGGGCCGCGCGCACAUGCGCCUCCGCGCCGUGUCGCUGCCGCUGGCCGCCGGGGCGUCCGUGUGCCUCCUCGCCUGGAACCUACUCGAUCCCAGCCCGGAGGACGCCUUCGUCGCGCCCGAGGGCGGCGCCGCCCGGUCGGUGCACCGGCAAUGCAGACGCACAGAUGACUCGGGCCCUGGGCCGGUCGCUGGCGCGGUCCCGGCCGUCCUGAGCGCUGCCGCCGCGCGCCCGGGCGCGCCGGCGCACUUCAGCGUGACGCUGCAGGCGAACGGCGGAGCGCAGCGGUUCAGGCGCCAGGGGGCCUCCCCCGAAGGAUGGCGUGGAGCUUCCGGGCUCAUGCCGGGCGGGCAGCUGCAGCAGCUGCGACGGCGAGGUGGACGAGGGCUUCUGCCUCGAGUGCGUGACGUUCGCUACCUCCGACGCCACCCUCAGGGCUCACUGCGAGGACGAGCUGUGAGGCGCGCGCAUCGUGCCGCGAGCAGGCCGUGCGCGCUGCCCGAGCGAGACCCGCCAGAGAGGCCGAGCUGA